CGGGCUGGGGGUUCGGCUGCGAGCUCCCGUGUCGGUGCGGCAGGGCCCGAGCUCCCCGGUGCCGCUGCCCGCGGGCGCGGCGGAUCCCGACGAGCGGCGCAAAGAAUCGGACCGUGUUGAGGGGGGUCGAGCAAAACCUGUUGCUCUCUAACCCCUCUUCUGCUGGGGUUCGGGCUGCCCCGGGUAGCUCGGUGUCCUUGUCGCACUUCCUUGCCAGUGUCCCAGCGGGGCUCUGCCGGAUGAGCCCUGGCAAGGCUUACUGAAAAGACAAAACACGUUCUCGCCCUGCCUCUCUCUCAGGUGACCGCGGUCCAGCAGCAGAGCUGGCAGGAGCUCAUCGCUGCUGUGCCCAAAGGCCCGUAAUUCCUUUCGGUGUGCUACUUUAAGCUAUGGAUGAGUAUCUUACGAGUGCUGCGCCAAGACAGUUCUGCUGUCACCCGGGAGAGCCAGGCCAGCUGUGGGCUGGUACCUGUUCUGCUCUACAAACCCCUCUUUGGGGGUUGUAGCUGAGCUGAGUGAACCGCUGAGAUGUCACAACAUGCACAUAACCACAGUGCCCCCGAGUUACACCCUGCACACAUCGUUCUUGCACUGCUCAGUCCCUUUGUCUCCUCUAGCGAGCUGGUGUUGUAAGUGCUGCUCACCUGGGGGGAAAUGGGAGUACCAAGGGGAGCACUGAACACAGCCUUAUGAAAUUAUUAUUAAUGUCUCCUUUAGGCCUGAAAUUCCUCUUGCUAGUCUUCCGUUCUGUUAAAUGCUUCGCAAACCAGAGCAAAGGAAGAGACAAGAAGAGUUGAAUUUCACUGCCUUGUUUGGAACUGGGUGGAAAUCCUGGAGAUGGAUCUCUUAGGAGUCUGUCUUCCAAUUGGGUUAGAUGCACAGGAGCAAUGGAUCGCCCCAGCUACCUGGAAGAGGAUUAUUCUAGCCUGGAUGGGCUGGACGAUGACGUGUUUCACUCUGAUGACUUUGGACUUGCAGGUCAGCCUGGUGAGAUGACUGCAACUGGCAUUUUCACACAGAACCAGUCCUACAGCUGUCUUCUGGGGAGGUUUCAACUAUUCCCCCUCACACACUGCUGUGGUCCCGGUAUCAGGCAUCCUGAGCAGCAGGACAAGGCAACUCAAACACUCAGCCCGUCCUCUUCCAGUCAGGAUGUUAUGUUGCCUUGUGGAGUCACUGAAGAGCCCCGGAGACUCUUCUAUGGGAAUGCUGGUUACCGUUUACACAUCCCUCCAGCUGACUUUGUGUUGGAUCCGCACCUCCAAGAGGAGCCUCAGGAAGGUCAGCGGGAAGCGCGUGCCGAGGUGCAGAUUGCACGGAAGUUGCAGUGCAUUGCUGACCAGUUCCACCGGCUCCACAUACAGAGGCAUCAGCAGAACAGAAAUCAAGUGUGGUGGCAGCUUUUUCUCUUCCUACACAACUUGGCCUUAAACGCAGAGGUGAACAGGAACCACACUGGGCAGAGGUGAGCUUCGCCUGCCUGUUUCAGGCCGCAUCCAGUCUGCAGGGAGCACUGAACAAACACUGGUUCGGGGGCGAGACAUUGCACACCGCCGGCCGGAUGUGAGGACUCUGAAUUUCUGACACUCGUCUUCAAGUUUGAGGGUUUUUACGGACUCUUCUUUGCCGCUGCCUGCCUCGCGAGGCAGGGAGCUCUUGUCCAACACUGUCGAAGGAAAGCCAGAAUGUGGGUGUGUUUGGUAAAGCUUGCUGCUGGUUCCUCGCGCCAGUGACCUCUGUGCAAGGGAGGCAGGUAUUAGACUAAGAGCUUCCUCUGCCCUGUGUGCUAGUCAGUGGUAGAGUGCAGGAGUGUCAUUUUGGCUGCUAGUAAAAAAUGAUGCCUGGGAUUGAUGACUCUAAACAUGCUUUGGGUAUCUUCCAGAGCAGAGAUGCUCGAUUCCUCCUCAAAGAAAGUUCUUUUUAGUAAUGAAAACAUUCAAGUAUCUUAUACCCAUCAAGUUACUUGUUUUCUGCAUGGGUUACUGUUUAUUUACCUGCAUGAUGUGUGAGAGAACAUCACAAAGAAAUCUGAUCUCUUCAGUCUUUCCACUGGGCACCAGUUGCAGUUUUCUCAUAUGAAGUUGUUCUUUGUCAUUACCAUCAAUACAAAAAAUCAUUUCAGUAGAACAGUCUUAAAAUUAAACCUUGCAGGGGUUGCUGGUGGCUAUUAGUUUCUGCCACUGUUUGUUUCCAGUUCAGUGUUCACAGUGCCCAUGAGCCAGCAUAAAGCCAAAAACCGUAGAAUAUGGCACAAGCAUCAUUCUUCUACAAUGCUAAUGUAUAUGUUUUUAUUAGUUUUAUCAUGGGUGUUUGUUUUGGUUUUCUUUUCUUGUACUAUAAUAUGGUUGGUCAGGAAGGCUAUCCCAGGCAUCCGAUAGUUUUGCUUCAGGAUUUGACAGGGAAAUUAAUUAGCAACUAGUCUGACCUGUACACUGUAUAAGCAGUCUGUCCAUUACUCUAAUGUGUAAUGUUUGGAGGCUACUGUAAGCAUAUUUGACUAGCAGCAGUAGUAUGACUUCAAGGGAGAUCUUUUAACAGUUCCCAGUUUGUAUCACUCAGAAGUUUGUCCACACGACUGGUACUAUUGGACGAGCACAGGAAAAUUACCCUACCAAAAGGAAGUAGCCUUAAAUAUCGAUUGCUACUCUCUGUAGCCUUAACUAUCAUUAGUUCAUAAACCCAGUGACAGCUAGGGUAAAACACAAACAGAAAGGCAAUACAGACUGUAUUUUCUUCAGACCAUUUCCGCAUUGCCACUACACCUUGUUGUAGGCCUCAAAUGAUACCAGUAUGAGGAAAAGCUGUCCAAAGAAUUGCUCUUCAGUCUUGUUACAGAUGUUGACUUCAGGUGUUGAGGAAUUCAGCUCUUGGUCCACUCUGAAAAUUAAGCAUUACUGUGCGGGGAAAGUAGUCUACUUGCACAUAUGCUUUCUCUUCCGCCCUUCUCUGCUUAUCCUUCUCUAAUUCAUGCUUUCUCUGGUAUUUGUAUAAUCUCAUCAUUGCACUGUAGUGUCUGGUAACAGUUUGCUGAACACAGUUAAAUUUGGACUUUCUCCCUCUCUCCCAGCCCCAUUCUCUUGGUUUGCAUCCUGCUCUACUGUGGCAAAAUGUGCUUUAGCUCCCUGAAAGAGGUCCCCACUCUUUUUUCACUUGCAUGUAUUCACACUCUCUUUUUCAGCAUAAGGAGAGUUUAUGUGAGCAAAGCUUUUUUUUUUCUCCUCUUAUGUUAUUUUUCUAGCUAGAGCUAGAGUAAUAUGUUUGUCCAUGAUGGUUAAUAAUUCGUAUCAGUGAAUCUCAAGUAAUAUUUUGGGGGGUGGGUUUUAUGAAGAGGGAGGGUGGGAGAUUUAUUUAGGAGGGGGGAUUGGUUUCGGGUUUGUGUUGUUUAAGCAUGUGCACUACAGAAUUACCCAGAGGGAUACACGUGAUAGCUGUUGUUGACUGUGCUGCAGGAGUAUGGAAAGCCACUCUCUAUCCAUGAUGGCAGAGAUGAGGCUUUCAAUAUCUUGCUUUGCACAGUCUGCUUGGAGUAACUGCUGGUCAUUGGAGAACACAGACUUAAAUGCGGGGGAAAGGGUGAGUGGUAGUGCAAGCAGAGACUGAAUUGGUGAUCUCUGGGAAGCUGGAUGUUAAGAAUACUCUUAAAAGCUCUUAAAGAGGCAGGAGUGGAAGUGCUAAGGCUCAGGAAGCAAUGCAGCAGUGCUGCCUGCCCACAGGGCAUGCCCUCGGAUGUGAUGCUUGUGUUUUCCCACUGGUUGCCAGAAGCCCUUCAUCAGGAGCAAAGCUAGACCCUAUACCAGUCUUCAAUACCUAAAGGGUACUUACAAGAAAGCUGGAGAGGGACUUUAUACAAGGGCAUGUAGUGACAAGAUAAGGGGGAACAGCUUUAAGCAGGCAGAGGGGAUUUCUAUUAGACAUUAGGAAGCAAUUCUUCAGUAUGAGGAUGGUGAGGCACUGGAACAGGUUGCCCCGGUAAGCUGUGUCUACCCCAUUCCUGGCAGUGUUCAAGGCCAGGCUGGAUGGGGCUUUGAGCAACCUGGUCUAGUGGAAGAUGUCCGUGCCCACCGCAGGGGGUUGAAAAUAGAUGAUCUUUAAUGUUCCUUCCAUCCCAAACCGUUGUAUGAAUCUAUGAUUCUGUGGUAAUAGCCCUGCAAACUACAAAAAGUUCAGGAAGUGCAUCUGAUACUUAAAAAACAUAGUGAACUUUCCCUUUCCCCUCUCCCUUGGCGUGACUGCAAAACAGGCCAGUGAGGCCUGUUCUCUGGAUGUGUAAGCUCUAAAGAUAGAUCUGGUACUGGGACUUUCUGGUGUUGCGACCCAACCAGUUUAUCUAGGGUAAGACUCUUGUUAUCAUGGAGAAACAAGUAUCUGAGACCAUUCCUCACUCAAGCUGCCUGCCUCAAUAGAGUAAAUGGGCUUUGGGAAAGACACAUCUUUGCCAGUCUGUAUUUCCCACUGUAACAACAGACUUACCAAAAUUGGUCAUGCCAGGGUCUCAAGUUAAAAUCUCCUUGAACAGUACUUCACUGGAGACAUAGAGCUAAUGCUAGACAAAGGCUGACUUCCUGCAAUAUGUGUGCUGGUUACCGGUGCCAGAGAUUUACAACCACUGAUAAUAUAUUUUAAUUAUAUUCGAUAUCUGCAUAUCUUGGAGAAAGGAAAUAUGCUCUGUCAACCCAAAAGUCUUAUUUUGUUUCAUGUAGAUUUGGAGAGGCAGGGUGGUUAUUCACUUAGGGACAAGCAGCUAUUUCAUACUUACCUACUUGAGGAAAUAGUGGUAAGAUUUCACAUGUUUAUGAAUGAAUACACAGAUGCACAGCACCCAUGUAUUUGUCACCCAUUCCAUGUUAGUAAGGCUCCUUGAUCAUGCACUCAGGAGAUCUUUACUGCAGAGCAGCUGUUGCAGUGUGGCCACAGACAUACAUCAAUUCUUUGGGGAAACAGUUCAAGGAACAUGCUUUAAGUCAUGUUAGUGAAGGGGUAUGGUGGGGUUUUUACAUAUUAGUUUGUCUUGGUGAAAGGAAGGGGAUACUGUUUCUCUCUGUGUUGUAAAACUACAGCCUAACAAUUUGAAAGUCCGAUCUUUCUCCUAAAAUCGAUUCCUAUUUUUAAGGAGCAGUUCUGAAGAAGAGCUUGAGCUGCUGCUGAUGGUACCAGCAGCCUUGAAGUAUCUUGCUUGCUGUUCCCAGAUCUCCAAAAUACCUUCAGACCUCAGCUCUCUUCCCUAGGGGACGGAGUUCUUCCUAUCUCAUCCUAACUUUCCACCCGUUUGAAUAUCUUGUAACCUGCCUAUCCCUGGAUCCAGCAAGCCUGGUGCUAGUAGGGAAUAGUUAGUUUUAUUUUUGUUUCCUGCAAUUCUUGAAAGCUGAGCCAGUAAUCACAAAGUGACUGCCCAGGGAUAGCUGCAAACUGCCUUAAGUAAGAUACAACAAAGGCAGGGGAGAGGAUGAAUUCAGAUGGAAAGGGUUGCCUUUGGAUCUGUAUGUGGGACUGCAGCCUACUCCCAAGGUGCUGAUAAUCCCUGGUAGCACUGAAUUCCUGCAUAACUGAUCACAUAUCUCAGUUUAAAUAGCUGGUUGUUUUUAAAUGUUUGUUGGCAACUCUUGUUAGAGAAGUCCUGAAAGAAACUUAGCGGCCUUUGCUUCGGAGCUGCGUAUCAACAAGAGAAUAGAGGCAAGGAACACAGUCCUUCUUGAUGUAGAAAGGGUGAUUGCAAAGACUUUCUUUCUACUGGCCAUUUACUUUGUCCUCUCAAGCCUGGGUAAACGUAUAGGCAACGUGUGCAUGUGAGGUUGCUAUAGUCCUGGAGCUGCUCUAUAGCAGUCACUGCAGGUGUACCCAAGGUUGAACUUCAUUUAGUUUGGUGCUUGGCUCUUCUGGGAAACUGCAGAUUCUGCCCAUUAGUAGAGAAGGGAGAAGGGUUGGGGCUUUUUUAAGAAAAACAGGAUUACUUGGGGCAGCUAUUGCAGUGUGACCCUAUCAUGGAUUCCACCCUUCUGCUGCUGUUCCUGACCCAUAUCUCUGCUGAAGCGGAGGGAAUGGUAAGACUGUGACAUGCUGAAUGGUGUGCUAUUGAUGAUAUUUUAAAAGGGAAAAUAGGGAGAACACUCAGCAUAUGUGCUAGGAGCAAAUGAGAAUGCAGAUACGUGGAGGUUUUACCAGUGGUAUUUACUGCGGGAUUAUAAGGAAUAAAAGGACCAUGGAAUGCCUGUUCAUACUUACGGGAGCUCUGCACAUGGACCAAGCACUAUUGAGUAUUAGCACAAUUUGACAACAAAGGUUUUUAAUAAUGUCCUUCAAAAGAGUCUGUCUUUCAAACUGGCAUUUGUGAUCAUGUGCAAAAUUGCCUACCUGUUGCCUUUGAUUGUUUUAGCAAGAAGAAAUACCUCAAGGAACUGGUAAAAGGUCCGAGGACAAUCUUUUACAGUUCCUAAAGACUUCAGUGGUCUCUGUUUCUUUGGUUUGCAUGUGUUCACACGGGUGUUACACAGCUCAGUUCUUCUCCACCAGGAAAAGCAGAAAAGACCAAACACAUCAAAUGCACUGGAAUGUAACUGUGUGUGCGUGUGUGUGUGUGUGUGUGCACGUGUGUGUAUGUGUAUUCUUAAACUGAAUGCAGUCUGACAUCCCCUACCCCUUCUUUCUUCCAUGUGCCUCACCUUCCCCCUUAGCCACAGAAAGGAGGGUCUCUUCCUGUGAAUCCCAUGCUGGAAGUUGGUUUCUGGGAAGCAAAACCUAAUGUCUGUGGGCUGGUUUUUAAAGCCAUGUUUCAGUUCUGUCUUCAGACUCUUUGCUGCCUUUGGGGAAUGGAGGGGUGGGAAGGGUAGAUUCUUAAGCUGUUUUUAAAAUCUAUUAUGGAAAUUUUGCAUGUUUAAAGUUAUUCUUAAAUCUAAAGGAGUCUCCCCAAUUUGUGGACACAGCUUCAGGAGAGCAUCGCCACAGAUUCCUCAGCUCUGUCUUUGAUCAGACUAUAUUAAAAGUGAAAAAAUGGAUGAAAAAAGGGGGAGAGACUGAUGUGAUGGAAAGACAACAUUGUCAGUAUCUCCUUAAAUAAAUGUCAGAAGUUAGGCUUGUAAAAGGGGAAUUUCAAAACAGCCCAAGGGAUUUGUAUGUCUGUUUCCUAUGGGUACAUUUGAAAUUCCUGCCACUAAAUUUGGUCUUGGGCAUCUGGACUGUUGGGGGUUUUUGGUAAAACUAGUCAUAUAUCUCUUCUGUUCUCUUCAGUGGUUGGUAGUACAGUCUGCCAUGUUUCUAGGUGAAAUACACUGCUGAGAGUACUGUGAAAUUGCAUUCACGUUUUCUCCCUCCCCUUCCUGCAUAACUUUUCUACUUUUGUGGGAUACCUUUUUUUUUCUUUCCUUAAACUUCAGAGUCCUUCCUCUGGAAUUCAAAAAGGGUGAGCUAGAAUUUGCAAUGUACUUAAUAAACUCCCUCAGUGGAGGGUUUCCCCAUGAAUUCUGAUAUUCACCAGAAUAUGAUACUGUCCUGCUGCAGAAGUAAACCCGAUGCUCUCCUGUGAGGUUUCUGUCUGGAUUAGUCCUGAAGUGCACACACCUUCUUUGCCAUGGACUGAGACCCAGUGAGAAUGUAGCAUUUUGUUUAUCCUGGUUGUGUGCCUCCAGGACUCCUGCCUGUACCAAUGGUGACUGGGCAGAGCUCCUUUUGUUUUUGUAUCUGUGCAGUAUAUUUGCUUUGUGCUUUCUUUCUUUGGUGCUUUUUAAUACUGUAAUACUAAUUUUUUUCUAAUAACUGGUACAAUUUUUAAUAAAAUUGUUAAAUUCUU